AUGGAUAGGAGUAUGAUUGAUGCAGCAAGCGGAGAUGUGUUGGUGAAUAAAACUCCUACUCAAGCAAGAGAAUUAAUCUCGAACAUGGCGGCCAACGCACAACAGUUCGACCAAAGGCAGGAACCCGUUCCGAGGAGAGUCAAUGAGGUAAGCACUUCUUCCAUUGAUCAACGACUCGAUACCCUCACCUCUCUCGUGGAAAAACUGGUUGUAGGCCACGUACAACAGAUAAAUACUUGUGGCAUAUGUUCAACUAUGGAUCAUCCUACCGACAUGUGCCCUACACUUCAAGAUGAACCCUACGAACAAGCCAAUGCUAUUGGAGGGUUCCCACAAAGGAGAUACAAUCCCUAUUCGAAUACAUAUAAUCCUAGAUGGAGGGAAAACCCUAAUUUUAUCUAUGGAGCCAAGCCCUUUGGUUUCCAACCUAGACAACCAGCUCCACAACAUGCACCUCCCAGACCAGGUAGGUCUUUGGAUGAAAUUGUAAAAGCACUUACAGCUAAUACCCAACAUCUCCAACAAGAGACAAGGACAAGCAUCAAAAACCUGGAAAAUCAAGUCAGCGAAUUAGAAACUACUGUGAGUCGAUUGGAAUCUCAAGGAUUAGGAAAGCUACCCUCCCAAACCAUGGCCGACCCUAAAAAAAAUACAAGUGUGAUCACCAUCAGAAGCGGAAAGGAGCUGAAUAGACCUAGCAAGGUAGUGCCUAAGAAUACGGCCAAAGAAGAAAUAGAGAAGGAAGCACUACCCCAAACUCAAGAUCCAAGCAGUAAACAACCCCAAGCCGUAGUGACCGCUCCACCUUUUCCAAGCCGAUUUGCAAAAUCCAAGAAGGAGGAGCAAGACAAGGAUAUUCUUGAGACAUUCCGCAAAGUUGAGGUAAAUAUCCCCCUCCUUGAUGCAAUCAAGCAAGUACCCCGCUAUGCUAAAUUCCUCAAGGAGUUGUACACUACUAAGAAGAAGCUGAAAGGCGAUGAGAAAGUCCAUAUAGGGGAGAAUGUUUUAGCAAUCUUCCAAAAGAAAUUACCUCCUAAAUGCAAGGAUCCAGCACAAGAAGUUUAUGAACUUGAUGGGAAGGAUGUAUUGGAAAUCACCAUUAGUAAGCAUCCUGAGAAAGAAGAGUUAACCUUGAGUUCUAAAUUACAGGAAACUGUUGCAGCAUUGAAUGGUUCUCCUGAAUUACAACAGUUAGGUAAUGCUCCUUAUAUUAUGUUGCCGAUUUCUGACAGGAAACCUUUACCCUCUGUUUUGCAGGCCCCUAUUCCAGAUUUGAACCCACACAUGAUAGAUGGAAGGGGAAAACAUCGGAAGUUGCAACUACAAGACGUAGAGGAUCCAGUUUAUGAUGAUUAA